GUUCUCUCCGUCCCUCCACCCUCUUUAAAUAGUUCCAUUCUGGACUUGUUGAGACUCUAAAACUCAGCCAUGCAUCCUUUAUUAGCCUUCACCUUCGUUCAUCUUCUACUUCUAAUCUCUCCAACAAAAAUCGAAGCCGAUGGUUUCACCGUCGACCUCAUCCACCGCGACUCCCCCCAGUCUCCCUUUUACGACCCUUCGAUCAGCAAAUCGGACCGCCUCGCCAACGCCAUUCGACGCUCGUUCUCCCGUGUCGCUCGCUUCAACGAACUCUCUCGGUACACCCCGAACAACGACAUACAAUCCCCGCUAUUUCCCUCCGGCGGGGAGUAUCUGAUGAAAUUAUCCAUCGGAACCCCGCCUCUAAAAACGACCUUAUUGGCCGAUACCGGUGGCGACCUCUCGUGGACGCAGUGCCGGCCUUGCGUCAAGUGUUUCAAGCAAAAUUCCACCAUUUUCGACCCCAAGAAAUCUUGGACCUAUAAAGAGUUACCAUGCGGAUCUCAGCCUUGCAAAGCGCUACGUAAAUCUACUUGUAAGGGGGCAGGUAAAAAUGGUACUGCUAGAAUUUGCGAGUACAGAUAUGGGUAUGCGGACAAAUCGUACACUAUUGGAGAUGUAGCUACGGAUACGUUCACUUUCGGGUCUAGUUCGGGUAGGCCCGUUUCUGUCGGGAAAAUAGUUUUCGGGUGCGGUCACAAUAAUGGAGGCACCUAUAAUGCGGCCACCACCGGGGUAAUUGGCCUCGGUGGUGGUUCCCUCUCACUAGUGAGGCAGUUGGGCGACUCCAUCGGUGGCAAAUUUUCCUAUUGUUUGGUUACGAAUGUCGAUGAUAAAUUCACGAGUAAAAUCAGCUUCGGAGACAAGGCGGUGGUUUCCGGGCCGGGCGUGGUCUCGACUCCGUUUGUGUUCAAGGGGAAAUUCAACUAUUACUAUCUCACGCUGGAGAGCAUAAUUGUGGGAAACAAGAGGUUGGGUUACGAGACGAAAAUGCCCCCGGACACGAGAUCCGGUUCCGUCAGCGGAGAGGGUAAUAUCAUCAUCGAUUCAGGGACAGUUUUGACAUUUUUACCAAGCAGAAUUUUUGCGAAUUUGGAAUCUCAUUUGGGCAAAGUGAUCAAAGAGCAACCAAUGAAGGACCCAGGUGGGGUUUUCAAGCUAUGUUACAGAGAUGAUAAUAUUGAUCAUUACCCUUCACUGACAUUCAAAUUCAAAGGGGCAGAAGUGGAAUUGCCUGCACUGAUUACGUUUUUCCAGGUUGGGAAGCUGUUGUGUUUGGCGAUGGCCCCUACUGAUGACGUGGCUGUUUUUGGGAAUUUGUCUCAGGAGAAUUUCUUGAUAGGUUAUGAUCUUGUGAAGAAACAAAUUUCUUUUAAGCCAACUAAUUGCAGCAAAAACAAACUAGCUAGUUGAGGUUAAUGGUGGAAAUCAUCAAAUACUAUAGAAAUUAAUAAAUGUGACAUAGGAAACAUAAUCACUCAACAGAAGUGAAUCAAUUAUCAUUCCAGUAAAUUCUAUUCCAUGCUACAUGGAAUCGGUAAUGUAUUCAUAUGUUCUUUUUUAAGUUAAGCGGUAAGAAAAUUAUAUUUGACAA